ACACGUGAUAUCCAUGUUGACUUACAUGUGCUUCCGUGGGACGCCAUCGCGUUGUUUUCGCGCCUAUUUUUCAUGAUUAUCGCCGGUUUUGGCCAAAUUUAGCUCAGAUUUUAGGUUUUCGUCUUGCGAAAGGACCAAAUUUCGAUCAGGGGAAUUUCCAACUAGCCUGGAAAACUGCAACUUUACGUCCUUGAACGUGAUCACCUGAUCCCGAGGGGAACGAAGCCAACGCCGCUUGCAAAUUCAUUUCUGACGCUCAGUCGAAAGUUGCCGCGAUAAUGGGUGAAGUCUGGAAAGUUGGUGAUUUGGUGUGGGCUAAGAUGAAGGGUUUCGCACCAUGGCCUGCAAAGAUUGCUGAGCACGACCCUGAACAGCAGAAAAGGCCUGCAGCUAAGAAGGGGGGGAACCAAUGGAUAUUCUUCUUUGGCUCCAAUAAUUAUGCAUGGAUCGAAGAAUCAAAUCUGAAGCCAUACUUCCAGUUCAAGGACACCUUGUCGAAGACGAGCAAGGCUGCUCCUUUCAGGGAGGCUGUCGAAGCCAUCGAAGAAUACGUGGAGAACCAGCGAAAAGGUGGUGGAAAUAUCGGUGAAAGUGCUUCUGAUGCAGAAUUCAAUCGCCUGCGUGAGUCGUUUUUGGACGACGACAAAGGUCGCACACCUGCCAAGGGCGAAGGACCAGCCGUGACGCCAAAGCAAAAAAUCAAGAAGGAUAUAAAGAAAAGUCGUCUAUCGGAGUCUGCAAGUAAUGGUUCGUCUGCCAAGAGACCUCGCAAAGGCUCACAAGGACCCGAGGAAGACGCUGAUCUCGACUCAACUGGUUCUGUGAACCAUGCGUACCGCAAGCCUGCAGCAACAACCAGUCUGCUUGAUCGACCUUCUAAUGUUGUUAGACCUGACACUCCUCCACUUGACAUAGAGGGUGUGACCCAGACGUUGAAAGAGAAAAACAUAAUGCCUUCGAUGCUAAAGUUUGGUUUUCUUGGACUGGGCAUAAUGGGAUCCGGCAUAGUCAAGAACCUCUUGAACUCGGGUCACUCUGUCAUCGUUUGGAAUCGUACACCAGAUAAGUGCAAAGAUUUUGUGAAAGCAGGAGCUGAAGAGUGCUUGACUCCCUCAGAUGUUGUCGCCGCAGCAGAUAUCAUCUUCUCCUGUGUUGCCGACCCGAAAGCAGCAAAAGAGAUGGUGUUCGGAAAUUGCGGAGUCCUGCUCGAAAUCACCCCCAACAAGGGCUACGUUGAGAUGACCGGCGUCGAUGCUGACACAUCACACGACAUUGCCGAGGCGGUUCAAGCCAAGGGAGGUCGGUUCCUCGAGGCUCAGAUCCAAGGCAGCAAAAACCAGGCUGAGGAGGGAAGUUUAGUAAUCCUGGCCGCUGGUGACAGGUCCUUGUUUGACGAGUGCCAAACGUGCUUCCAAGCUAUGGGGCGCAAUUCAUUUUAUUUUGGCGAUGUUGGCAAUGCGUCCAAGAUGAACCUUGUGCUUCAGCUUAUGGCUGGAGUGACCAUGGCAGGUCUGGCCGAAGGCAUGGCUCUUGCUGACAGGGCUGGACUUCAGCAGAAGGAUGUGCUCGAAGUCUUAGAGCUCACCUCCUUAGCGUGCCCCAUGAUGAUAGAGAAGAGCAAAGCAAUCAUUGACGGAGGCUUCCAGACAAACCUCCCACUGCAGCACUUGCAGAAGGACAUGAAGCUCUCCCUGAUGAUGGGAGACUCUUUGGAGCAGCCACUGCCCCUAACAGCCACAGCCAACGAGGUCUUCAAACACGCCAAGCGACUCGGCUAUGGUGACCACGACGCCUCAGCUGUUUACAUUAGAGCACGGUUCUGAAGAGGAUCUCACUGCACUGCCGCAAUUUUCUGUUAAGAGAAACAACCAAUCUUGCAAAUAACACAAACAGACUCGGCAACAUGGCACUGUUUUAAAUGUGUCCCAAUGACUCUAAAAAAAAUACCGAAAGGAGCGACCUCUUCUGUCAAUUUCUUUUUUUUUUA